AUGAAGUUCACGCUCAAGAUCUGUUCCGUUCUCGCUUUAGCCGUUUCCGCAAUGGCGUUGCCCACCACCGACACGCGAGUUAUCCAACUCCGCCUCUGGGGUGAAACUGGUUGUGCCGAGGACAACAUGGGUGAGCUUGGCUUGUACCAAUCCGGCCUUGAUGAAUGUGGCACCUUUGCAGGCCCUUAUGCCAUUCAUUCUAUCACCACCUAUUAUGUCGUAGCAGGAUAUGCUGCGCAAUUCUUCACUGAUUCAAAUUGCGAGGAGGGCGUCCAAAAUGUAACUGCGCCAGGAUGCCUUGACGGUGACACUGCGUUCGCCAGCUACAAGCUUGUCUCGAACUAG